GGCGACGUCUCGAGCUCCCUGCUGGAGCAGCCGCCCCGGGCGGGCUCGGCGACGCUGGCCAUGGCGGCGAUCCGCAAGAAGCUGGUGGUGGUGGGCGACGGGGCGUGCGGCAAGACGUGCCUGCUGAUCGUCUUCAGCAAGGACGAGUUCCCGGAGGUGUACGUGCCCACCGUCUUCGAGAACUACGUGGCCGACAUCGAGGUGGACGGCAAGCAGGUGGAGCUGGCCCUGUGGGACACGGCCGGCCAGGAGGACUACGACCGCCUGCGGCCGCUCUCCUACCCGGACACCGACGUGAUCCUCAUGUGCUUCUCGGUGGACAGCCCGGACUCGCUGGAGAACAUCCCGGAGAAGUGGGUGCCCGAGGUGAAGCACUUCUGCCCCAACGUGCCCAUCAUCCUGGUGGCCAACAAGAAGGACCUGCGCAACGACGAGCACGUGCGCAACGAGCUGGCCCGCAUGAAGCAGGAGCCGGUGCGCACCGAGGACGGCCGCGCCAUGGCCGUCCGCAUCCAGGCCUACGACUACCUCGAGUGCUCGGCCAAGACCAAGGACGGCGUGCGGGAGGUCUUCGAGACCGCCACCCGCGCCGCCCUGCAGAAGCGCUACGGCACCCAGAACGGCUGCAUCAAUUGCUGCAAGGUCCUAUGACGGGGAGGGGGG